AUGACUCUCGUUUUUUCUAUCCUAGCUUUCAUAUUUGUCAUUCCAACAUGUCUUUCAUUUACCGUUAUUAUGUCGGAUUCAGGGGCCCCUUCUGCUCUUGUAGACGCCCCUCAAACCGGGUUCUCAAUGAACAACAACGGGGCUAAAACCGACCAUCAUGAGCAACAAGCAGUCUACGACAUCAUGAAAGCUACGGGUAACGAAUGGGCCACUGACAUCCCAGAUGUUUGUAGAGGUCGUUGGCAUGGAAUCGAGUGCAUGCCAGAUAAAAACAAUGUUUUUCACGUUGUUUCGUUAUCUUUUGGGGCUUUAUCUGACGACACGGCUUUUCCAACUUGUGACCCGGCCCGAUCCUACAUUUCCCCUUCCAUUACUAAACUACCACAUCUCCGAACCUUGUUCUUUUAUAGGUGUUUUGAUGAUAAGCCACAACCCAUUCCAUCAUUUUUAGGCCAACUGGGCCCUACUUUACAAACUCUUGUUCUUAGAGAAAAUGGACAUGUUGGCCCAAUUCCUAACGAACUUGGUAAUUUAACCGGUUUAAAAGUUCUUGAUUUUCAUAAAAAUAAUCUCAAUGGUUCAAUUCCGGUUUCUUUUAGCCGGUUCGAAGGUUUAAAGUCGUUAGAUUUGAGUAGCAACAAAUUAUCCGGUUCAAUACCAAGUUUCACCUUUCCUCAACUCACUAUACUAGACCUCAACCAAAACCACCUCACGGGCUCAAUCCCGUCCACCAUCGGAAGCUGCAACUCCCUAAUGAAAAUAGAUUUAAGUCGUAACCGCCUCACGGGCCAAAUACCCGUUUCCAUAAACGGGCUAAAAUCAUUAAUCUUGAUGGAUUUAAGCUACAAUAGCCUCUCGGGCCCAAUUCCAACAGCCCUAAAUAACUUGGAUUCCCUCCAAGCUCUCAUUCUCAAUGGCAAUCCAAUUGGGUCAACAAUUUCAACCACCGUAUUUGAAGGGUUAAAAAACUUAAUGAUCCUAAUUCUCUCGGACACAAAUUUAAACGGGCCAGUGCCCGAAUCAAUAGCCCAACUACCAAAUUUACGCAUACUCCAUCUUGAUAGAAACCGCUUAAAUGGUUCCAUUCCAACAAGUUUCAAGAACUUAAAUGGGCUAAGUGAGUUAAGGUUAAAUGAUAACGAGUUAAUCGGGCCAAUCCCAUUUGGUAAAGAAAUGGUUUGGAAAAUGAGAAGAAAGUUGAAGCUUCAAAACAAUUUAGGACUAUGUUAUGAUGGUCAAAGCGGGUUCGGGGGCGACUUGGGCUUGCUAUCAGAUUCGGGCAUUGAUCACUGUGACAUGCCAAAACCGGGCCCGGCCCAAAUGGUUCAACAUGUUUCCACAGGAAAUGAAGGCGAUUUGGUUCGGGCUAAUACAUCUAUUGCAAGUAGUGCAAGGAGUUAUAGUGGAUAUUUAAUUCAAUUACUAAUAAUAGCUAUGGUUGGAUUAUUAUUAUUGUAAUUCACAAGUGUAUAGUUUUUUUCUAUAACUUUUCUAGUUUGGAUGAACAUUUACAAUUUGCUAUGAUCCACUUUAAGAUAUAUAUUAAUACAUGUUAUAUGAUUUUCAACA